GGCAAAAACGCUCCACUGUAUAAGCCGGCAUCCAUCGAGGGCGCUAGACCGUCCCGCCACCACGCGUUCAUGGCCACGACCACGACUGCCUUCCGAUUUUAUCUCCUUUGGGCCUUCUUCGCCACUUUUGUCGCUGCCAGUUCGACAACACGAAAUCCUCUACGUGCCUUAUCUACAAUCCAAAAUGCCACCAUACACACACAUACCCACCGUGUAACCGCUCUCCAUAACUUCGACCUGUCCUUCGUAUUGCGCCCGGAUCUAUACGUCAAACUCUCUCUUGAGCCUAAUGACGACCUUCUUCCCAACACUGGUCUGGUAGUCUCAUACCUGAACUCUGAUGGAUCCGUCUCUAGGACCGAGGACCUUGACCGCCUGGCUCAUAAGGUAUUCCGAGGAAGUGCUUGGUAUCGCCAGGAGAACGUCGACGACGAAUGGAUAAGAGCAGGAUGGGCAAGAAUCACUAUUGUCAAGGAUGGUCUGCAACCCCUGUUCCAGGGCGCCUUUGCUUUGGACCAUGACAACCACCACAUUCAAUUGGCUCCCCACUUCGCCCACACGCGCCACCACCUAGAUCCUCAUGUCGAUACCGCAGACGAGAACUCCAUGGUUGUAUAUCGUGACUCAGACAUCCUACUGGAUCAGCAUCUUGACUAUCACAUGCACGAGUUGCGAAGCCUGGAGUAUGAUGAUGGUCUCACAUGCCAGUCAGAUAACCUAGGCUUCAACAGUCAGCCCGACCAUCCCGUCUAUACUGCCAUGCUGCGACGAUCUGACUCUGUUCUGGGAAGUGAGACUCUGGGUAACCUCUUUGGCAAACGCCAGGUCGACAGCAGCACUGCUGGCAACUCGGCAGGUGUCGACCUCAGUUCCACUAUUGGCCAGACUCGAGGUUGUCCCAACACUAGACAGGUCGCUCUCGUCGGUGUCGCUACUGAUUGCACAUACACCGCGCAGUUCAACUCGACCGAGUCAGUACGCAUGAAUGUUAUUGACCAGAUGAACACAGCAUCCAGCAUAUAUGAACGAACCUUCAACAUUUCUCUUGGUCUGGCCAACUUGACCAUCUCUGAAUCAAACUGUCCCGGUACACCCAAUUCUGCAAGUCCUUGGAACCAGGCAUGUAGCGAUAGUGUCGACAUUCAAGACCGCCUCAACUUGUUCAGCGCAUGGAGAGGCAAUCUACAGGACCAAAACAGCCAUUGGACACUGCUUAGUACCUGCAACACUGGAAGCGCCGUUGGUCUUGCCUGGCUUGGUCAGGCAUGUGUUCAGACUGCCUAUUCUACCAACAGCAGCACUACCGGCAACGGUCAAUCUUCUACCGAAGGCGCAGAGACCGUCACAGGCGCGAACGUUGUCGUCAGAACCCAAGGAGCUUCGGAAUGGCAGAUCAUUGCUCACGAGACUGGCCACACUUUCGGUGCCGUUCAUGAUUGUACAGAUCAGACUUGUGCACAAUCUACUACUGUCGGCAGUCAACAGUGUUGUCCCCUAAGCUCUACUACCUGCAAUGCAGGUGAACAGUACAUCAUGAACCCUUCGACUAGUGCUGGCGUCAAGAACUUCAGCCCGUGCAGUAUUGGCAAUAUUUGCAGUGCUCUUGGGCGCAACAGCGUCAAGUCUACAUGUCUAACUGCCAACAGAAACAUCAAGACUAUUGGCACACAAGAAUGUGGCAACGGUAUUGUUGAAGAAGGCGAAGACUGUGACUGUGGUGGCGAGUCUGGAUGUGCAGGCAACUCGUGCUGUGACGCAAAGACAUGCAAGUUUAAGAACAAUGCCGUCUGCGAUGACAGCAACGAAGGGUGCUGCAACAACUGUCAAUUCGCCUCAAACGGAACUGUUUGUCGCGCUUCGACAGGCUCUUGUGAUCCUGCAGAGACUUGUCCUGGUACUUCAGGUACCUGCCCUCAAGAUGCCAAUGCACCCGACGGUCAAAAAUGUGGCAGUGGCCUUCAGUGUGCCAGCGGCCAAUGCACAAGCCGUGAUCAGCAGUGUAGAAGCGUCAUGGGUGGCUAUCAAGGUGUUGGAAACAACACUUCAGCUUGCGACAGCUCAACCUGCCAGAUUAAAUGCUCGAGCGGUGGUAGAUCUUCUGUGUUUGGAAACAACGUUUGUUUCCNNGAGGUACAGCAGAACUUCCUAGAUGGCACGCCUUGUGGUGGUGGAGGCAAAUGUAGCAAUGGACGCUGCAGAGGCACAGACACUGGAGGUCAAAUUCGCUCAUGGAUCGAUGACCACAAGGGCAUCGUAAUUGGUGUAUGUUGUGGUGUAGGAGGUCUCUUGCUCUUCGCCAUUCUCAGCUGCUGUGUCCGCUCUUGCAAGAGGCGUAGAAGCAAGCCUGUGAAAAUGCAAUCACCGCCGCCUGGUUGGGGUACUCAGAUGCGUCCUAUGCCGCCAAACCACUCAUACCCGCCACCGCCGCAACAUUAUAACCAAGGAUAUGGCCAAGGAUACGGGCAAUGGGCACCCCCGCAAGGGGCCCUCCACCAGCGUACACGCCCGGAGCGAGGAAGGAACUACUUUGUAUGUUUUGUCUUCAAGAUUUGA